CUCAAAGCCAGUUCCCAGUCCAAAACGCAGUCGCUUUGUUACUUCCGACGUUCCGUUCCUGUGUAAGACGAGCCGUUGUUGCUUUAGAUUCUUUGGCUGCUGCCCCCUGAAAAAUCUCCCACUUCCGUCCUCUUCUUUCGUUUUUCCAUUCGUUUCGAGAAUCAAAUGGCUCCGAGCUUGAGCACAGCCGGCUCUGAUGUGACCUCCCUUGUCGAUGGUUGCGCCGGCUCCGUGAUCAAUCUGGAGGACUCCAACUUCUUGGUGAAUGGCCACGUCAUUCUCUCCGAGGUCCCCCCGGACGUCACGGCCAGCCCCUCGGCUUACCAUGCCUCUGGGGAGAAGGCGGUGGCCACUGUGCCCCCGGGCUGCUUCGUCGGGUUUGAUGCCGCCAAGGCCCGGAGCCGGCAUGUCACCUCAAUUGGGAAGCUCCGGGGCAUCCGGUUCAUGAGCAUAUUCCGGUUCAAGGUCUGGUGGACCACCCACUGGGUCGGCACCAACGGCCGCGACCUGGAGCAGGAGACCCAGAUGGUCAUCCUCGACAGGUCCGACGAGGAGUCGGAGACCGGACAGGCCCGCCCGUACGUCCUCCUGCUGCCCCUCCUGGAAGGGCCCUUCCGGGCCUCCAUCCAGCCCGGCCCGGACGACUUCGUGGACCUGUGCUUGGAGAGCGGGUCCACGAAGGUCACGGCCGCCGGGUUCCGGUCCGCGCUCUACAUGCAUGCGGGGGAUGACCCUUUUGCCCUCGUCAAGGACGCGAUCAAGGUGGCGAAGGACCACCUGGGGACGUUCAAGCUCCUCGAAGAGAAGACCCCGCCCGGGAUAGUGGACAAGUUCGGGUGGUGCACGUGGGAUGCGUUUUACCUCACGGUGCACCCGGAGGGGAUAUGGGACGGGGUCAAGGGCCUGGUGGAGGGCGGGUGCCCGCCCGGGCUCGUCCUGAUCGAUGACGGGUGGCAGUCCAUCAGCCAUGACGAGGAUCCCGUCACCAAGGAGGGCAUGAACCACGCGGUGGCGGGGGAGCAAAUGCCGUGCCGGCUCCUCAAGUUCCAGGAGAAUCACAAGUUCAGGGACUACGUGAGCCCGAGGGGCAAGGCGAACGGGGCCCGGGGUAAGGGCAUGGGGGCCUUCGUUAGGGACCUGAAGGAGGAGUUCGGGAGCGUGGACUACGUGUACGUGUGGCACGCGCUGUGCGGGUACUGGGGCGGGCUCAGGCCCGGCGCCCCGGGCCUGCCCGAGUCGAGCGUGGUGAAGCCCAAGCUCUCGCCAGGGCUUGAGACGAGGAUGGAAGAUCUGGCCGUGGACAAGAUCGUGAACAACGGGGUGGGGCUCGUGCCGCCGGAGUUGGUCGAGCGGAUGUACGAGGGCCUUCACUCGCACCUGGAGUCGGUUGGGAUUGACGGCGUGAAGGUGGACGUUAUUCACUUGUUGGAGAUGUUGUGUGAGAAAUAUGGUGGAAGAGUGGAGCUUGCGAAGGCGUACUACAAGGCCUUGACGGCUUCGGUGAGGAAGCAUUUCAAAGGCAACGGGGUGAUCGCCAGCAUGGAGCACUGCAACGACUUCAUGUUCCUCGGGACGGAGGCGAUUUCGCUCGGCCGUGUCGGGGACGAUUUCUGGUGCACCGACCCGUCGGGAGACCCGAACGGCACGUUCUGGCUCCAAGGGUGCCACAUGGUUCACUGCGCCUACAACAGCCUGUGGAUGGGCAACUUCAUCCAACCGGACUGGGACAUGUUCCAGUCCACGCACCCGUGCGCUCUGUUCCACGCCGCUUCCCGUGCCAUCUCGGGCGGCCCGAUCUACAUAAGCGACAAGGUCGGGCAGCACGACUUCGAGCUGCUCAGGCGGCUGGUGCUGCCGGACGGCUCGAUCCUGCGGUGUGAGCAUUAUGCCCUCCCGACCCGAGACUGCAUCUUCGUAGACCCUCUCCACGAUGGCAAGACCAUGCUCAAGAUUUGGAACUUGAACAAAUUCACGGGAGUGAUCGGAGCCUUCAACUGCCAAGGCGGCGGUUGGUGCCGCGAGUCCCGCCGCAACAAGUGUGCCUCCCAAUUCUCCCACGCCGUCGCCUGCACCACCAACCCCACCGACAUCGAGUGGGGCGCCGGCGGGUCCCGGAUCUCCGUCGACGGCGUCCGCGUCUUCGCCCUCUACCUGUCCCAGUCCAAGAGGCUCGUCCUCUCGAAGCCCUCCGAGAGCCUCGAGAUCUCGCUGGAGCCGUUCCAGUUCGAGCUCGUCACGGUCUCUCCGGUCAGGGAGCUGAGGUCGGCGGCGGGGGCGAGGCCCGUGCAGUUCGCGCCGGUCGGGCUGAUGAACAUGCUGAACGGCGGCGGGGCGAUCCACGGCGUGGAGCACGGGAAGGGUUGGGCGGAGGUCGCGGUGAGAGGAGGCGGGGAGCUCAGGGCGUUCGCGUCGGAGAGGCCGAGGGAGUGCAGGGUGGACGGGAGGCGCGUGGGGUUCGAGUACGAAGGGCAGAUGGUGGUGAUCCAAGUGGCGUGGCCGGGUUCUUCGGGCAUGGCUAGCGUGGUUGAGUACUUGUUUUAGAGAAAAUCGACCACAUCAGAUUAAUUUUUUUUUAACCUUAGUUUUCACGGGAUUUGCCUCUUGUAAUUUUCUUUUACCAAUUAAAGGGGCAUUUUAUUGUAAGGAUUAUGUACAUUAGGAAGAAGCAAAGUAAAGAUUAAAUUGAGUAAUGAAGUAUUUCAAGUUACUAUACAA